UCAUUACUAUGGACGUUUGUAGCAGGUCCAAUUAGCAGAUAUUCACAACAAUACCUUAUUUACUGUAUACAGUUAGUACCACGUGUGCGUGCGUGUGUGCGUGCGUGCUUGCGUGAGUGAGUGAGUGAGUGUGUGUGUGUGUGAGAGAGAGAGAUCUAAUUGUUAUGCUUUUUUAAUGGCUCGUUGCUUUUGAACCUGCUCGAGGACGUUUGGAGCGAUGACGUUUCACCAACCCGGAAAUAGCAGUUAGACAGUUAAAGAGAGAAGUAACUCAGUCUUCCCGGAUCUUAGGCGUCGGAUCCAGGCUUCUAAACGUUUCUACCAGAUUUACACGUCAAGUGUGAGUUGCAUUGUAGGCCUUCGGCCUUGGCCAAGUGCCUGGGUGGCUCUUCCUCCCCUCACCUUCCUCUGCUCAUCUGCUGUGAGGAUUUACUAUGAUAACACCAUCCAGAAAGUGCUACUAUGCAUGCGGUGACACCCAAGGAGUUAGAUAUCCAUGGGCAGUGCAGCUGAUCAGGCACACGGUAUCUGUCAUGGGGAACCUUUUAAAAGUUUUGACGUGUACAGACCUUGAUGAAGAGCCCAACUUCUUCCUUGAUUUUGAAAAUGCACAGCCAACGGAUGCAGAGCGAGAGACAUGGAAGCAAGUGGAUGUGGUUCUAAAGGAUGCUCGGGCGAUUCUUGAUGAACUUCAGGCCUACAAUGGGGCUGGGAAAGAGAUAAGAGAGGCAAUCCAGAACCCUAAUGACGAGGCGUUGCAGGACCAGGCUUGGGCUGCUGUUGUGCCACUUGUGGGAAAACUUAAAAAGUUCUAUGAGUUCUCUCAGAGAUUAGAAGCAGCUCUGCACAGCCUGUUAAGAGCCCUGACCAACGAGACGUACAGUGAUGCCACACAGCACCUGGAGCGAGAACAGGCCCUUGCCAAGCAGUUUGCUGAGAUCCUGCAUUUCACACUCCGCUUUGAUGAACUGAAGAUGACAAAUCCUGCCAUCCAGAAUGACUUCAGUUACUACAGGAGGACUCUGAACCGCAUGAGAAUUAAUAAUGUCCCAGCAGAAGGAGAAAAUGAGGUCAACAACGAGCUAGCCAAUAGAAUAUCACUAUUUUAUGCAGAUGCCACACCCAUGCUGAAGACUCUGAGUGAUGGCAUGACAAAGUUUGUAUCUGAGAACAAGAACUUACCAAUUGAGAAUACAACAGAUGUGUUGAGCACUAUGGCAAGUGUUUGUAAAGUCAUGCUAGAGACACCCGAGUACCGUAGCCGUUUCAGCAGUGAGGCCACCGUGUCGUUCUGCUUGCGCGUCAUGGUUGGUGUCAUCAUCCUUUAUGACUAUGUACAUCCUGUCGGUGCUUUUGCCAAGUCCUCCAAAAUAGAUAUGAAAGGAUGCAUAAAGGUUCUCAGAGAUCAGCCCCCAAACAGUGUGGAAGGCUUAUUAAAUGCUCUCAGGUACACAACAAAGCAUCUGAAUGACGAAUCAACUGCUAAGACCAUUAAAAGCAUGUUGCAGUAAGCAGCAGCUUGGGGUUAAACACCACUGGCCUCCCAUAAGUGUUCAGGGGACACACUCCCUCCCGAGCAACAGCAAUGCACAGAAUGUUUUUCCUUUUUCCUAAAAUCAAAAUCAGACCUACCAUGCUGUUGGCAAUUUUUUUUUCUUUUUGUGCCAAAUCACCUUUUGCCGAAACCUUGAUUUUAACACAUACAGUACAGCCAUACUAAUGAUGGCAGCUACAUUAUAGUUUUGUUUUUGUUUUUAUGUUUUUUUUUUUUUUUUUAAUUAUUAGGUUUAUUUUGUCUGUUUUCCUAUAAAAGGGAGGGGGGUGUUUUUGACUUGAAAAAAAUCAGUAUAUUGAGAGAGAAAUCUAAAUAAAUAUUUUAUUUUGUUUGAAUAAAUAUUUAAUAUCAUGUCCUCUGCAUGACAUAAUGUUGUAUUUAAGGAAAAAAAACAGAACUAGUGUUUCAAAAUUGUCUGACUGCUUGGUUGUGUACAUGUUCCAAAAUAAGUGAAUUUAAAUUAUGUUUUGCUAUGGUACUAGUCAAAACUGAGGAUUUCAGAUUGUAGUAAUGUUUCAAUUUUAUAUUUUUUAUAGGUUUUGAUUUAUGUUUUUCAUAGCUGUGAUUUAUGUUCUUCUAGCUUCAAUAUUUCUGGUGGAUUAAAAGUGAGAUUUUGUUGUAUGAUGACAUGAAAUGCGCUGUUUAAAAAAAACAAUUAAAAGAUGCUUUCAUUUUUGUAA